AUGCAGAGCCUGGUUCAAAAAAGGGAGUGCCUCUCUAUCCAUAUCGGACAGGCUGGUGUUCAAAUGGGCAAUGCUUGCUGGGAACUGUAUUGCCAGGAACAUGGCAUCCUGCCAGAUGGGACCAUCCUGAGCUCUGACACGCCGAGCCGAGUGGACUCGUCUUUCGAGACCUUUUUCUGUGAAACGGGAGCAGGCAAACACGUCCCCAGAGCAGCGUUCGUAGACCUGGAGCCGACAGUCAUAGACGAAAUUCGUACAGGGCGAUACCGCACACUCUUCCACCCUGAGCAGCUGAUCAGUGGCAAAGAAGACGCUGCCAACAACUACGCCCGGGGCCACUACACCAUUGGGAAGGAAAUCAUCGACACGGUCCUGGAUCGCAUUCGUAAAAUGGCUGACCAGUGCAGUGGCCUCCAAGGGUUUUUGAUCUUCCACAGCUUUGGAGGAGGCACAGGGUCCGGCUUCACAUCUCUCUUAAUGGAACGGCUCUCAGUGGACUUUGGAAAGAAAUCCAAGCUGGAGUUCUCAGUAUACCCUGCCCCACGGAUCUCCACUGCAGUGGUGGAGCCCUACAACUCCAUCCUGACCACCCACACCACCUUGGAGCACUCGGACUGCUCCUUCAUGGUGGACAACGAGGCCAUUUACGACAUCUGCAACCGCAACCUUGACAUUGAGCGUCCGACCUACACCAACCUAAACCGGCUAGUUGGGCAGAUUGUGUCAUCCAUCACAGCUUCCUUAAGGUUUGAUGGUGCCUUGAACGUGGACCUGACUGAAUUCCAGACCAACUUAGUGCCUUAUCCUCGCAUCCACUUCCCCUUGACCGCCUACGCCCCCAUCAUCUCGGCGGAGAAGGCCUACCACGAGCAGUUGUCUGUGGCAGAGAUCACCAAUUCCUGCUUUGAAUUCUCCAACCAGAUGGUGAAAUGCGACCCUCGCCGAGGCAAAUACAUGGCUUGCUGCCUGCUCUACCGGGGGGACGUUGUGCCCAAGGACGUCAACGCAGCUAUCGCAGCCAUUAAAUCCCGGAGAUCCAUCCAGUUUGUGGACUGGUGCCCGACCGGCUUCAAGGUGGGCAUCAACUACCAGCCCCCCACGGUGGUACCCGGGGGAGACCUGGCGAAGGUGCAGCGGGCUGUCUGCAUGCUGAGCAACACCACGGCCAUCGCGGAGGCCUGGGCCCGCCUGAACCACAAGUUUGACCUGAUGUACGCCAAGCGGGCCUUUGUGCAUUGGUACGUUGGGGAGGGCAUGGAGGAGGGGGAGUUCUCGGAAGCCCGGGAGGACCUGGCUGCCCUGGAGAAGGAUUACGAAGAAGUGGGACAAGACUCUGGCAAUGGGUCUGAUGAAGAAGAAGACCAAGAAUUCUGA